AACGGACACCACACAUCCCAAAAUUCGAAGACCUACCAUUCUCUCUCAAUUUUUUAAUAUACUCCUCCCACUGUCACUCUUGAAUGGCUACUCAUCUCAAUUUCCAAACCCAAACCAUCAAACCCAAACGACGCCGUUACCGUGAAACCACAAUUACCGCCACUCCCCCCGCCGCCGAUUCCCAUCCCGCCACGCCUUCUUCUUCGGCUCACAAUCAGCCCGACACCUUUCAGCCAAGUCAAAAUCGCACAAUCGACACUCCCACGGUUGUCUCCCCUGAAGAUUCCCCGUGUCCGCCGCCCGUCUUCCCCCCCUCAUCGCCGUCGCCCCACUUCAUGGAUUCCCCAUCCACCGCUUCUUCCGCCGCCUAUGGCGGUGCCACCCCCAGCUCGCCUGCCGGCUACGACGCUUUCCCUUCGUCUCUGAGCAAAUUCAACUCUGCUCUCACUGCGGGGCUUCUUAAUCCAAUGUCGCCUCCUCCAUCGGUGGAGAAGAACCGGCCCAGCCCGACGCUUUUCGAGAUGAUGGCGAGCGAGCCGGAUUGCCUCCCCAGAGCGACGCCAUCGACGGCUCCCCAGAUUCAAUACGGCGUCAUUUCUACCCCAAACCAUAAGCCCAAUUCGGUGCCAGCGCUAGACAAACAGGGUUUGAUGCAACAGAGGCUUUUGGAUCUUUUGGCCUGUAGGAGUCCUGGAAACCAGUUCAAUGACUUGGCCUCCAGUGACGUCAGGCUUACGUUGAGCUCAAAGGAUGGCUUGAGCGUUUCGAUGAACGUUCAUAGGCAGAUCCUGCUUGCCAACAGCCGUUUUUUUGCGGUGAAGCUGUCUGAGAAGUGGGCUAAGCAGCAGAAGACUUCAUCAGCUACAUAUAUUGUGGAGAUUGCUGAUUGUGAUGACAUUGAGAUUUAUAUUGAAACAUUGAGACUAAUGUAUUGCAAGGAUUUGAGGAAGAAACUCAUGAAAGAAGAUGUUCCCAGAGUCCUUGGAAUCUUAAAGGUUUCGGCAGCAAUCGGUUUUGAUGCAGGGGUAUUAUCAUGUUUGGAGUACUUAGAGGCAGCUCCAUGGGCUGAAGACGAGGAAGAAAAGGUUUCAUCUCUGUUGUCUGAGCUUCGCCUUGAAGGUGUUGGGGCUGGUGAAGUUUUAAAAAGGGUAUCUUGUGACACUCUGGCUGGGACACAGGAAGGGUCAGGCAACGAGGAGGUUCUUCUUAAGCUGUUGCAUGUUGUUCUUGAAGGAAAGGAUGAGAAGGCAAGGAGAGAGAUGAAAAGCUUAGUUUCCAAAAUGUUACACGAAAGCUCAUCACAAAGUGAUUUAAAGAAGGAAUCUCUAUAUUCAGCCUGUGAUGCAUGUUUGCAAUUACUCCGCAGCCACUUUUUGAAGGCAGCAAAGGGUGACUUGCAAGAUGUCAGUCAGGUAUCUCGGCAAGCUGACAAUCUGCACUGGGUUUUGGAUAUUUUGAUAGAUAGACAUAUUGCUGUUGACUUUUUGAAGACUUGGGCUUCUCAGUCUGACUUAUCUGAGGCACAUCAUAAAGUUCCUGCUGUUCACAGACAUGAGGUUAGCAGAGUGACUGCAAGGCUUUUUAUUGGUAUUGGGAAAGGUCAACUGUUAGCUUCCAGAGAUACCAGAUGCUUACUACUAAACACAUGGUUAGUUCCAUUCUUUGAGGAUUUUGGAUGGAUGAGGAGGGGUUCUAGAGGUCUUGAUCGUCAUUUAAUUGAAGACGGACUCAGCAGUACGAUUUUAACUCUGCCUAUGGCUCGGCAGCAGGAAAUAUUUAUGACAUGGUUUAAUAGAUUUUUGAACUCUGGGGAUGACUGCCCAAACAUUCAGAGAGGUUUUCAGAUUUGGUGGAAAAGGGCUUUCUGGAAGCGCAAUGGCGAGCCUGAGCGGCCCUCUCAAGUGCGCGUUGUGACUUCUGCAAUUGAAAACAACUGAACUAAUAGUGUGCAUAUUUUCCUUCUUUACUAAUUGAUGACAGUACUGAUUAAGGUGAGAAACAUUUCUCAGUGGAUAUGGUUUCUGUUAUUUGAUAAACUCCCACGCCAUAUGAAAAACAAAGUGUUCCUUCCAAAUGAUGGCAUUCAAGAUUGGACCAUAUUCACAUAUUGAUAAUUCCACGUUCAGUUGGCUUUGGAACCAGUGUUUAGACAUGAUAAAGGGUUCCUUUUUUCUUGACAUCAUAUUAAUACAUCAUCAACAUAGAUUCAACCCCUACGAAAGACAAUCGGAUAUGGAUAUACAUCAUAACAUUGUGAUGGCAAUGCUGGGAAUCCUUGUUGUGCGAAUCGGGAAGAAUUGCAUGUAUGUUAGAUAUUUAUGUGAUAUUUCAUCUCUGGUGGAUUUCUGCAGUGGGUAAUAUCUGUUCACGGUCAUAAUGACAUAAAUCAUGGUAUUGAUUUUUUUUUAAAAAUGUUUACUUUUGAGAAUGGAGAUUUUUGGGACUUGCUUUAUCUUGUGCAUUACUGCAGUUUUUGUCCUUUAUUGUUUUGCACGUAUGGUUGUCCUUGGGGCAUACUCAAAUUUGUCCAUGACAAUAUCAGCUUAUCGGAUGUU